UCCUCCUCCAUUAGUGUCUGUUUGGAGGGAGUUUCGGGAAGAGGACGCACACGGACGCGAAACACGAAUCCUAUUUGAACAUUUCUGUGCAUUUCAAACGGCGUUUCCACGGACAGACGUCUUCUGACACGCCGGCUGUUUCUCUCUUUUUGGAUGAUGGAACGCCUUGUAGUUACCUGUGACCAUAGGUACUAAUUUACUCCGUGACAAGUAAACGACACCAACUGCAUCAGACAUGAAACAGCUCAGCAACCAAGAAAGAAUACAAGAGUGGCACAUUCUCUGAUUUGACAGUGGACCUCUCCUAUGUCCUGCUCUAGCCUCCUCAUCGUACCACAUCUUCAAGAAAUUAUGUUGUUGGGCAAGUCAACCUUCCUCUGGAAUGAGCUGCUGAUGUCAAAGACUGGACAAAAAUAUAAGCCUGAUUACAGGAAUAGUUCAGAGGAGAAUUACCAACCUUUAUGUGCAAAAGGGCUUCGAACUUGAGGUUCAUUCCUGGGUCUUUUGUCCUCGUGUGACGAACCGAACACAGACGAGGUCAGCGUAGGAGAAAUGAAAGUCAGAAGUACAUGCCAAAAGAUACUGUUAUGACUUCAUAGAGAGAUAGUUUCUCUCUCUCUCUCUUUCUCUCUCCCCCCCUUCUCCUGUCUGUAUUAAUGUGACCUUCAUUCCCUCGAACCGUCUCCCUUUCAACCAUUUUGUAAGCAGGACCUACACACUCAGUGACUCCUCCUCCAAAGGGCUUCCUUAGAUAAUCUCUCGCAUUUAAGCGUCACAAGAAUAGCUUUCAUCAGGGUCAUCUUUCUAUUGAAUAUCCCCAUUAUCUCCUAAAAGAAAUUAACUAAGUCUUUGCUGUGCGUUACGAGCAGUUCUUCAAUUGAUCUUCUGCCACGAUCUAUUUUGUACUCUACACUAUUUUUAUAACGAAAAGAAAAAUCUGAAGAAAAAAAAUCAUAUUUUACCCACAGUAAUUCAAACAUUCAACUACUACCGUACUUAUUCUAUAAACAACUUCUUUUUGAAAAGAUUUGCGCAUAUUGACAAACCCUAAUAUCUUCAUCGAAGAGUAAAUCACCAAAUUUCCAUUUGAACAACUUUUACUGAAGAUUUUCCAUCAGUCUUUAUUGUGGAUGUUUGAAAGACCUAAGAAGACUCCUUCGACAAAAAUAGUUGGUGUGGUUUGUUGGCCUCAUGCUGUUUACUACAAAGACCAGCUAUCAUCUUAAAUGAUAGGCAAUAAAAGAAAUAAAAGUUCAACAUUAACAUUUGAUGUAAAAAAAAAAAAUACUCUCGACAUAUCAAGAAUUGUUGGUCUUCGUUUCUCAGCUUGUUUCCUAUCAAUCAUCAUCCGUCCUUCACUUGAACUCCAAAGCAGGUAACCGAAAGUACUUACAGCUCAGCAGGUGAAACAGAAACGGAGGUGAAACAGAGAAACAGAGGUGCGUUUCAUCUUCUCGUUUCAACCCUGGCAAUGUGAUGAUUUAGAAGUCUUGACCUUUUUCUUGUCUUGGAAAAUUGAAAUUCUAAUUACAUUCUAUAUGUUCUUGCUGUAUUGAUUACCAGUAUACAACAUGUGUUGAAAGGCACUUCUGAAUGUGCUGUUCGUACUGGUACUAACAAAGGCAAGGAGGAAAUAAAUCAUCAGACAUAGGAGGCCCCUGGUAAUUUUUUUUUUUUUAAUUUCUGGCUUCAAUAAAGUGAUAAAAGAAACUGAUUUACAACGACGGGAAGGCAACAGUCUAUAUAUAUGUAAUGAUUUUGUAUUAAAAUGGCAGACUUUUAACUGUUAACUUUUUCAUUGAUUUAAAUAACACUUACGACUAGUGUAGCCUUACAGAGUAGCAGCAGUGGUUGCUAGAGAGCCUUAUUAACUAUUAUUGUUAUGUAUUUAUAUACUGUAGAAAACAACUGUGAUUAUAGUAUUAUCAUUAGGACCUCUUGGAUACCUCGUGACUGAGAUAAUAGGUGCUUCAGUUAUAAUUAGUAAGCAUCAUUGAAGUCACACCUGUUCCCAGAUUCUGUACUAAGCAGCAACGACAACUGUGAGCUCAGGUGCAACAUAAUCCUUGCCAGUAACAACAACAAUUCCCACCAAGGCAGAGACUUCAUGCAAGCAGCAGACCUUCCUCAUUCAUCAGUCAUGAGAAUCUUGAUCUUUUGGCCUCCUUCAGUUGCGAAAAUACAUCGUUGACAGCUAUCUAGCAGUUCAGCAUCACAUGUCAACAGAGCUGUCACACAAGAGGAAGUCAGUGUCAGAAUAGAUACCCAAGAGGAAAGAUCAUCAACCUCAGGCUUGCGAUUACAUGGCUUUUGAGUUUCUUUUCCCGUAGCCCUGUACCAUUGCCUUAUCAGUACCUUUGAAUGUCGCUUCUUCCUUCGGCAGCUUGGAAGAGAGGAAAGACGUUGCAUUCUACUUUUACAUCUCUCCUGCUUGUUAGUAUCAUCUUUCCCACCAAAUGAAAAAGGAGGGAUUUGGGAAAAUGUUCGAGAAGGAGUCUAUUGUAAGGCUCAUCCUGGUUGGACUCACAGUACCAUCACUCGUCUGUUACGUCCUUAUGGUAGCAGAUACUAAUACGUCUAAAUACCACCCAUCACCUACAGGAACUGCAUCCCAAUCUCCUCCUCCUCCACCUCUUCCCCCCCGUCAUCACAAACUUGAUCAUCGCGACAAUACCGAUCAUGAUAAUGAACAACUAUCUAAUUCAACGGAACGGCCGUGCACAUCCUGUGGCAAUGAAUUUGAUCUGGUGUUUGGUGGUAUACAAGUAGAGAACACUGAAGACUUCUGGUGGACUGACUGGAAUGAAGUACAGAGAAGCAGGCGGGCUGCUCUUAACUAUGGCUGUCGACACGUGAAGAAUGCCCGGGGAAAGUCGCUUCACAAGCUUUUGACUGUUAGAAAAUACCUGUACAAUCUCCUUGUGGAUGACAGACAUAAAGCGAUUUACUGUUAUGUACCAAAGGUAGCGUGUACUAACUGGAAACGUAUAUUUAUGAUCUUGUCAGGAAAAUCCAAUUCAACAGACCCCUUAAGCAUACGUUCUUAUGUGCCUCACGAAGAAGGUGUCCUCACAAGGCUAUCUAGCUUUAGAAGCAGGUCCUUUGUGCUAAAUGAAAAAUUGAAGACUUACACAAAGUUCUUGUUUGUCCGUCAUCCAAUUGAACGACUUGUGUCUGCAUAUAGAAAUAAACUGGUCAUUAACUCCACAUCUGCAGCUGACUUCAAGAAAAGAUUUGGGGUAGAUAUUCUGAGAAGAUAUCGAAAAGGUGAUGAUGCUCAAAAUAUCUCAAAGAGUGGUGAUGGAGUCACUUUUGCCGAAUUUGUCUCCUAUUUGAUUGAUAGGAGACAUGAUAGCUUGCAUUCUCUCAAUGAACAUUGGGCAUUGUAUGUUGACCUGUGCUACCCUUGUUCUAUAAAGUACGAUAUCAUUGGGAAAUAUGAGACCCUGGAGGAAGAUUCUGAAUAUAUUUUAAGGAGAAUUGGAGCUAACCCCAACCUCCACUUCCCACCAUUUGUAACCUCCCGCACAGGUCCUCUGGUUGCUGGUUAUAUAGCUUCCUUGCCUGAUGAAUUGGCAGAAAAACUGCACGAACUUUACAAGCCUGAUUUCAAGCUCUUUGAAUAUGAGUUUUACAACUAGAGUUGACAGAACUUGUAAUAAAGUGGAGGUAAGUAUCGUUGCAUUUUAGUUUUAUAGUCUUUCAGAAAAGCUAUAUACAUAUUAAAGAACAGAAAUGUUGCAUCUAGAUGCACCAACUAGAUUCAUUCAUAAUUUAUGCUUCAACAUAAAGGUGAAAAUACUCAGUAACCAAUAUUUCAGAGAGAAUUAUUUUGCUACAAGAAUGCUGUAGAUAAGGAUAUAGACAUUCUUUUUUCUCAUUUGGAAUGUUGUUAAGGAAUGAGCAAUAAAAUCCGUUGAAUGUUAUCAAGUGUUACAUAUUUGGACUGUGUGCUGUAAGUGGAAAUGAUACAAUGAUCACUUUUAAUAACUCUUUAAGAAAGAGCUCACAAACUCUUCCUAGUUCCAUAUCAAUGCAUCUGCUCUUCCUUCAAAUGUAUCAGGGUAUUGAUGGGAUUGGAAAAAAGGAUAAAUACGUCAUGAAAUAGCAACUGUGGAAAUAUCUUUGAGGUAGUGAAUGUUGUUGAGGGUGCAAGAAUUUAUGUACUGUAUUUAAAAAGUGAUAAAUGGCAGCUCAAUAAUAAAUGGAAAUGGAUUUCAGUGGCAAGUGAAUGAGCUAAUAUAGUGGACAGAAUGCAGCAGAAGGGUGUGAGAUCACUUAUGAGCAAAUGUGAAAUGGAAUACUUUUGAAAUGAGAAAUAUAUAAAAAACACCGACUAAAAGAAAUAUAAAUAAUUGAAGUGAUUGUGCAGUACUGUAUGUAUGGUAUGGCUUUUAUUCUGUACUAUGGUAAAUGUAUUGGGAUUAUUGGAGGGUACUAUAUACAUGAUGGAUUACAGUGUGUAGGUCAUGUGCUAUUUUAUUCCAUCGUCUGUAUUAUUGUGUAAAAUAAAAGCAUUUUAAGUGUUGGUAAAAAAUCCACUCCAUGAAAUGAAAUGCCUUUUUCUCCCUCAGAAGCAGGGACAAUGAGAACAACAUGAGAUCACUGAAAAAUGACUGUCACUUCUUUACUGUACUCAUAAUUCUACAGAUAUUCAGACCCUGAAUCUUAUGUAGUGUCUUCAGAUUUUCCCCUUGUUUGUGUAGCCUAGAUUUCUACUGCUGUUACAUGUAAUGUACUUUGGAGUACAGUAAUAUUACCACUUGUAUUUUUUGUGUGUUGCAAUGAAUCUCAUCCUAAGUUGUUGUAAUUAUGAAAGAUGUUUAAGAGUAGUAACUAAAUACAAAGAGCAGACAUUUGAUAAUUUAUUCAGUAUGUUUUAAAAAGAAAAUCUUCUAAGUUGGAUAUAAUCUAGAGCGCUGUAAAUUGAAUACUGGAUUAGUCUUGCUUUUAUCCUUUUCUUUCUUCUUUCUUUAAAUCUUCAGCUGAAAACACCUUCUGGAGAGUCAUCAGAUUAUAAAUCCAGGAGAGCUCCAAAGGAAAAUCAUCUUGCAGCUGUUCAAAAUUUUGCUCAGAGAUUCCUAUUGUUACAAUCUUUCUUAUAUUUCCUUACACAGUAGUAUACUACUGUAUUACAGCAGAAAAGGUAAAAAGUUGAAUGUUUCCAUACAUUUAACAAGCAUAGGUGUUUUGAAAGAUUUUUCUUAGACUUUAAUGCUGACUCCUAAAAAUUUAGCAUUUGGUUAUACAAUCCUUCAAUAUACUUUUUUCUACUCAAGGAAUGUGCAGUGGACCAUGAGAGAUUUGACCAGCCCAUUGAGAGUUACGAUCUUUGGGGUUUGGUUAAACUUUCUUUAAUAACUAAGUAACCAUGAUAGAUUUGAUGAUUUAUUUUAUAUUCCCAAAAUAUUGUUAUUUGGAGUAUCUAAGCCUAAGUAAGAAGUUAACUUUCUCUCUGUUCAGUACAAAUCAAUCCAUCAAGAAUCUAUCAUGUUGCAUAUCUAAAGUGCCACCAAAAUUAUCAUAAAGAAUAAAAAGAAUUAUACUAUUUACCAUAUUUUCAUGUUUAAGAAAUACUAAAUAUUUGCAAUACCUCAAUGUUUGAUGUUGUUUUUAUUUUUUUCAGGAUUGUACAAAAUUUUUGUAAUAUGUCAGAUACUGUAUAAUAUUUUCAAACUUUCAGUAUUGUUAACAGAUCCAGUGAAAAAAAAUUGCAACAGAUUGGGUCUUUGAUAAUAAUUGACAUGACUGAAGUUCCAGGACAGGAGGGAGGAUUUACAGAUGAUAAUGAUGCAUCAAUUUUGCUUUUAUAUUUCAUAUAUACUACAGUCAGGUAUGUUUUAGCCAUCAUUAAUACAGUACUGUACUUUACAGAAAGUCCAGGAUGUGAACUUUGAGAGCCAUGUAUUGCAUGCAUUUACUGGCAUUAGUAACUGCAGUGUGUUUUUACUAGAAGUGAAAGUAGACUAAGAAUACAAGCCUUCAGGUGUAAAGUUGUAACUUACAAGUAGCAGUAAACUAUUAAAUGGCACUGGUAUAACUGCUUGUGCUUUACCAAUUUUGAAAAUGAAUGAAGAUGGUGUAAGAUCAUACCAAGUUUCUACUGAAUGAGGUCAUGUAUAAAUCCUGUGCAGAAUAUUAUUUAUCAGGUUGAUGAUAUUAUCCCUCCCUGUACAUCAUCAAUGAUCCCAUGAACACUUCUGAAAAUUGUCUGUGAUAAUGAUGUGUGCUCACUUUAUAACUACAGAUGUUUAUUGAUGUCAUGUGAUGUGAAAAUUGUCUUUGUUGAUAAAUAUGUUAAUACUGCAAUGAUGUACUGAUUGGAAAACUUGUAUGUCAUGCAGCAUGUAAGAAUAUGACCCCUGUAUGUAAAUUAUAUGUACAGUGUUAAUUUAUCAAAUUCGUCACUUAAUAUGAAGGAAAAUACCCAUCAUUUCAUGUUGAUGUUAUUAGGAACCCCAUUCCCCUUGUUUAUCAAACCCGUUAUGCUAAACAUUUUGUCAAUAGCUGCAACAGCAAUGUGAUAAGUUAUUAUAUUUUCCUCUACAGGAAAAGAUAAAUAAAUCACAAAAUAUCCUGAUGGUUGGUUGCCUUUUGCUGGCCUUUUUAGGACUACUGUUUAUAUCUUUACAUUUGUAUUGUAACACUAGUUCAAUUCAGACUUCUUGACUCAUUGCUGUGAAACAUGCUAAGGGCUGAUUAAUAAUGUCAUUUCACUGUAAUGCUUACAGUUUGCUUUCUUCCAGCAGAAGGCUUUUCUUGUAUCUUUACCAAUAAAUAGAUUUAAUAGAACAGGUUUCAAUUGUUUAGCAUGUGCAGGUGAUUCCUUCUUACAGCUCUAGUCAUUAGUGCCUCUUUAGACUUUUAAUAUAUAUAUAAGAGUAGGUAUUAGUUCCAAUUAAGGGAUAAUGAAACGCACAAAUUUCGCUCAAUGAGAAUCCCAAGAAGGAAAGAAUAAGAAACAAAUGCCUUUAAAAUACAAAUAAAUCUUUCUCCUGAAUUUGCUUAAUGCUUUCACAUAAGAAUUUCUACAUUUCUUAAACACACACAUACAUUUUUUCUCAUUCAUUCUGGCUUUAGCAAGUAUAUCUUAACACACAUUAUCUCCUCUCUUCUAAUGUUGGAAGUUGAAGGAUAUUCUUAUAUUCCAUGUUGCUCUGGUGAAAUAGAAAAAUUUGAAACAGACUGCCAUGUUAAUAUUAUAUAAUUUGACAUUUUGCUGUACGUAUUGUUUUUCAUGUUGGAAUAAUAAAGAGAUCCUAUUGGA